GAGAGAGAGAAAGAGCGAGAGAGAGGGGUGGGGACUGAAAAGGAGAGCAAGGCAUGCUCAGACUGAGAGCCUGAAUCAGAGAGAGGAAGAAAUCUGGUGAAGGUUCACUGUUAGGUUUCCUGCCAUACACAUUAAUAUCUUCUAUAAGACGGAUUUUUCUUUAAAUAUUCAGUUUUUGUGUUUUUCUAUACUCUCAUACUUUGUGGAUUUUGUGGACCCUGGACUACAGUGAAGUCUGAAAAAUCCAAACAUCUUUCUUGAACUUCUGUGAGAUGACCUAAACUUUAACUACUGGACAUCAGCCUGAUUUACAAUUCUGUGUGGGAUAUAGUUUGCCUUUGACAUGGGGUUUGGAAACAAGGACCUUCUUAUUCUUGGCUUAAUGUGCAUGCUACGGACAUGUUUCUCUGAUUGUCCCCGGGGUUUCAAAACAAAAGGCCGUGAAUGUGUUGAUGAGAAUGAAUGUGGCGAAGUCUCAGAUUACUGUGGGAACAACACACAUUGCUUCAACACCAUUGGGAGCUACUACUGUCAGUGCAAGUCUGGGUUCAGAAACCGUAAUGGUGAUUUAAACUUCACACAGUUUAGCGGACAGUGCCUAGAUAUCAACGAGUGCCAGGACAGUGUCAACAUCUGUGGACCUGCGGCUCAUUGUACUAACCAGAUUGGGAACUACAGCUGUACCUGCCAUGUUGGGUACACCAGCUCCAUCAGUAGCCCUGGAAACUGCACAGACAUAGAUGAAUGCAAAGAGGCGGGCAUCUGUGGAGAGAAAGGCAUGUGUAAGAACGUUGAUGGGAGUUAUUGGUGCGAGUGUCCAGAAGGAUACACCACUGACAGCAAAGAAAUGAUGCCAUGUUCAGACAUAGAUGAAUGCAAAGAGGCGGGCAUCUGUGGAGAGAAAGGCAUGUGUAAGAACGUUGAUGGGAGUUACUGGUGCGAGUGUCCAGAAGGAUACACCACUUACGGCAAAGAAAGGACGCCAUGUUCAGAACUUAACUGCGGCAAGUCUGCUCCUGAUAGCGGGUCUGCACAGGCGCUCGGAGGCUUGGCAGACAUUUCAUCCAUGAUGAGAAACAACUGUCUGACUCUGUCUAACCCAAGUGCCGCUGAAAAGAAGGGUGACGGAGAGGCGCUACUGGAGAAACUUUUGACAGCAACAGACAACAUCCUGUCCCCUGCCCCCCUGAAAAGCAGUAAACAUGUGAGCAUGUUGCUAAGUACAGUGGAAAACUUCAUUAAGCUCAUUGGUCCUCAGCUCAAAAACAACUACACCAAGAUGGAGACCACUGAGACAGUAGAAGCAGAGAUUGUUGUUCAGAGGGGGAGGACCCCACCCACUGGACCAAUCCUCCUGACCAAUGAGAACGCAAGACUUGACACUGACUGGGAAACAGCAACUGGGAUGGGAACAUAUCCUGGUUUUGCUCUGGCUGCAUUGUUGAGCUACAAGAACCUUAAUGUCUCAGAUAAGACAUACUUUGAAGACAUCAAAGAAUAUGAGAAAGAUGGCGUUGAUCCCUCCUUCAGUGUCUGCUCUAAAGUUGUGUCUGUCGUGGUCUCCAACCCGUCCACUCAAAAUCUGAGCCGCUCUGUCAACAUCACACUCAAACAUCAAGUCCCACCAGAGAAGUCCCUUGAGGUGAGCUACGUCUGCGCAUACUGGAACGAGAUAGGGGCCUGGUCCACAGAUGGCUGCGAUCGAGAUAAACAGCGCUCCAAUGCCUCAUACACUGUGUGUACAUGCAAACAUCUGAGCAGUUUCGCUGUGCUCAUGGCCACAUACCCCAUGGAGCACACUUUCGGGCUCCAGGUGGUGACCAAGAUAGGGCUGACCAUCUCCAUACUGUGUCUGAUACUGAGCAUCCUGACAUUCAAAUUCUGCCGCUCCAUACAAGGGACCCGCACCACCAUCCACCUGCACCUCUGUAUCUGCCUCUUCUUGGCUGACCUCUUCUUCCUGGCUGGUAUUUCACAAACUAAACCUGUGGGCGGCUGCAGGUUUAUUGCAGCAAUGCUCCAUUACUUCUUUUUGGGAGUGUUCACCUGGAUGCUGUUGGAAGGCGUGCAGCUAUACCGAAUGGUGGUCCUGGUGUUCAAUGCCACCAUGCGGCCCCUCUACCUGUUCAUCGCUGGUUAUGGGCCGCCCCUUGUUAUCGUCAUUAUGUCUGCCAUCAUCAGACCAAAUGGAUACGGCACUAAACAGCACUGCUGGCUAUCCCUGGAAGACGGCCUGAUCUGGAGUUUCUUCGGCCCUGUGUGCUUCAUCAUCAUCGUGAAUGUCUUCUUCUUCAUCAUCACUGUUUGGAAGCUUGCCCAGAAGUUCACCAGCCUCAACCCAGAUCUCUCUAAACUACACAAAAUGAAAGCUUUCACAGUGACAGCUAUAGCCCAGAUGUGUAUACUGGGUCUGAUGUGGGUGUUUGGCGCCUUCCUGUUCCAAGAAGGCACCAUAGUGGUGGCAUAUAUCUUCACUAUUCUCAACAGCCUGCAAGGGGCGCUGGUUUUCAUCAUGCACUGCCUGCUGUCUAAGCAGGUGAGAGAAGAAUAUGCCCAUUUCCUGUCCUGUAUCUGCACACCACAAAAGAAGAGAUAUUCAGACUUCAGCAGCAGCAAUCCCUCCAGUAGUCAGUCACAGGCUUCUCGGAGUGGGCAGCACACCGGAGAAUCCCAAAUAUGAAAAGCUCUGUCUUUUGUUUCUACCCAGAGACAGAAUAUCACGCCUUUGGCCCAAGUUAUCCCUGAUUUGAGAGGUUUGGAUCACAUGAAAUAAAAAUUCAGUGAUCACUUAAUCACCUUAAUGUCAGUUUAAAAUCUGCUUUGUUGUACAAUCCAACUAGUGGUUUAAUCAAAGGACUGCGGGAAAAUGAGUAUCUUCAUACGACAUGGUGCAUCACAAAAUCUGGCAUUUACAUCUUUUCUUUAUUUUUACCACUGUUAAUAUUGUUCAGCGCUUUAGUGGUAGAUCAAGUAGCAUGCUGUUACUGUCACAGCAAGCACUAAAAAAAAGAAAAAGUGUAUAUUCUGGAGCUCUAUAAGUGAAUGUGAAAUGCUUAUUGGUUCAGUCAGAACAUAUCACAGUCAUAAUAUAAGCUGUAUUCCUAAAAGUGAUAAUGAUAUAGACUAUUUAUUUUCAAGUGCAGACUAUGAAGCCUACAUUGUGUAGGCUACAAGAAAAUAUGAGUGAUGCUCUUGAUGUUUAAAGCAUGAGCAAACAGUUUGCGCUGUAUUUUAUAUAAAUGUUUAAUGCUUAAUGUUCAUGGGAGCUUCACAGAAAAUAUUUUUCCUUAUACUGUAUUUAACAGUAUGUUGUAAUGAUUAGAAACAACCGACUGAUGAUGCAAAUUUCCCAUGAAGUGCCUCUGAUGGUCCCUCAUGCUCCUCCUGCAAAUCCCAUGUGGGUUUCUGCAAGGAUUUUAAUGUCAGUUGUUUCUUGCUUUUAAACAAAAUAAGUGAUUUUUUUUUAAAGCACUUGUGGCUAUUUUUUAAGAGUAUAUCUUAAUUUGCAAAUUGAGGUGUGCCUUUUUUUUCAACUGGUGUAUGCGGAUUUAUUUUUUUUCAUUCAUGAAACUGUAAACCAAGAAAGCAAAUCUGUUCCAAAUCUGUUGGACAAUUCACAAGAACAGACCCACCCCUCAGAUAAGCCUGCAGCUUCCUGCAAUCAAACUGUGUUUAUGGAACAAAAUUACAUUUUGUGAUUAUGUACUUAUUAUAGCCGUUAGCCUAUGGCUCAGCACACAGUGACAGUAUCACAUUCCUCAAAUGAAAACUUCAAACAUUUGGUUGAAGUCUAAUGGGAGUUGUACAGACCUGAGUUUGUUUUAUGGCACUUUUCAUUUGUCAGAAUGAUAGUUCAGCACAUCUUCACUCACACGGUAAAUGGAAUAAUCAAGAGGACUUGAGAACCCACUUACAGAACCAGAACAGUUUACUUAUAAUAGAGCUAUCAGUUUUCUAUUUUUCUAUUUAAUGUUUCAUCGAACAUUUUCUGAUCAUGUAAAUUACAUUGAUCUUCAGAGGACAAAAGGAGGCAUUUUGGAUCUCACAGCUGUCUUUUUAUGGGAUUGGUGUUGUCCUGAAUUGUUUGGUUGUAUUCAAAUUGUUUCUCCGUUUCUUGGGUUAAGACCCUGAUUAACGUCACGUGUGUUGGUUGUAACAGAACUGUUCUUUGGUUCUUAAGUGUGACUGCAAUCCUUCAAAACCCAUUAAUACUGUUUAUUCAUGCAUUGCAAAAUGUAUAUUUUUAUGUGAAAAAGCUACAUGCAACAUGCAGCGUUUGGUGAAUGUUAGAUUUUUAUUGUUAGAAUAUACUAUAUGUGUUCUAGUAUGAGGUUUAGGAACCUAUUUUUCUACCUUGUUUUGCUGUAAGUUGUUUGGUACUGUUUUACUUAAAGAUUAUGCAGCACAAAUUUUUAUUAAAGCUUCUACUGAAAA